AUGAACUACUUUAACAAUUCUUCAAACGACACCAGCAACAAUAACAAUUCUUCCAAUCAAAGGACUGUUUUUUUCAUUGACACCAGUAAUCCGGAAGUAAAUCAAACCAUUUCUGCUUGUGGCAGUAAUCCAUUCAUCAAGCCACCCUUUCCACCUGUGAUCGACAUUCGUGAAUUGAUCAUUAAACUAACUAAUGGUAAAUUGCCUGCAAAAUCUCCUAACGCUUUUAUCAUUUAUCGUAAAGCUUUUCUGGAUACAGCAUGUGCCAAUGGCUACAAAUUACCAAUGACCGUUAUUUCAACAAUGGUUUCCAAAUCUUGGGAAAGUGAGCCACAAUAUGUUAAAGAUGAAUAUAAAAAACUUUCAAAGGAAGCAUUCAAUCGUCUCAACGAAAUGAAUCCAAAAUCAAUCAAACCUAAUAAAAGAGAAACUAAUCCGAUUGACGGUAAUCUAGUAGGCGUCGUCGACAACAAUAAUUAUUUAGUGUUAGAUGACCAUGUAAUUAGUCCCAUAGUUGAUACUCGUAUCAAUCUGGCCAACCAUCAUGGCUCAGCUAUUAAUAAUUUUAUUGGUCAAAAUAUUCAGCAUCAAAAUUCUGUCGACAGUAAUCUCUUUGGGCAGAAUCAUCAUCGAUUCAAUCCUCGUCAAAACGCUGUCACCGAUAAUAGUUUCUUUGGAGACAAUAAUAAUAAUUUGGAUGCGCAAAACAAUAAUUACAAUAAUUUCUUUGGCCAGAAUCAUCAACUCAAUCCUCAUCAAAAUUCUGUUACCGAUAAUAAUUUCUUUGGAGACAAUAAUAAUAAUUUGGAUGCGCAAAACAAUAAUUACAAUAAUUUCUUUGGCCGGAAUCAUCAAUUCAAUCCUCAUCAAAAUUCUGUUACCGAUAAUAAUUUCUUUGGAGACAAUAAUAAUAAUUUGGAUAUACAAACAAGAAUUCUUAUAGCAGCCCAGCUUCAAAAUAUCAUCAAUCAAUUGUUAAAUCGUUAA